AUGGCAUUCAAAAGUGCAGAGGAAGACCUCAAGAACGAAUUCUCGGGCGGGAACGGUGGAGUUACGGACUUUAAAUUUCAAAAACCCAAUCCCUUGCCAUCAUUGUCAACAUCAACAUAUUUGUCAGAAUACAAACGUCCGAUCAUUCCGAUUACUUUGCAACCUCCAUCACCGUCCCCGAUGCAAGACACGCCACCCCCACCAAAAUUCGAUGUUCAUUUUUCCGUCACCACCAUCACCACUCUCAUCAUUGCGAUAUGGACAUACCUCAAUCUCUCAUCCUCAUUUAACACCGCUGCUCCGCAAUGGGUUAGUACAUCAUCCCAAGUGCCCUUGGAGGUUGCGCAGAAUGCAGCAUUCAGAGGUGGAAGUGGCAUGUCCUCAAUCUUCCUCACCAACGGGUUAAUGAUGACCACAUCAGAUGGUGAUUCCGAUAGCGAUAUUGGUAUGACCUAUCAGUUCACUCCUGAAAACCAAGUGUGGACUUUACCCUCGACGAGCGGCGCAUCACCUGAGAGAAGAGUGAAAUUCCAGUAUGUGAGUGACAAUAACGCGAAAUUGUAUAUUUUUGGUGGAUACAAGGAAGACUUGAGUAAUAACACAGGAACGGGGAUUUUGACGAACGAAGGAUUCAAUGAUAUUUUUGUCUUUGAUAGUGUUGCUUUGAGUUGGACACAAGGAUCAUCGGUUAACGCUCCACCACCAAUAAGCAAUGCAGCAUCUGUGAUGUUGAAUGAUGGAAGGAUACUGUUUAUUGGAGGAAGGGUGAAAAGUAAAAAUACGUGGGUGGAUGCGUCCAUGAGUCAGAUUCCGACCUAUGAUACCAAACUUGCAAGAUGGUCGACUAUGACCACAGGCGGCGCAACGAUCAUUCCAAGAUCCGAUCAUACCGCAGUUAUAACACCUGGUGGUCAAAUUCUGAUCUUUGGUGGAGUAAUGAGCAUAUUCAAGCAAACACCUGUUCCCCCUCUAGUCGUAUUAGACACUACCACCAAACCAUUUAAUUACACCAUACCACAGGUAAAAAUUCCUCCAAACGCAUUGGUCACCAAUCAUACGGCCAUUAUUUAUCAGAAUUAUAUGUUUGUUAUUUUUGGAAGCAUAACACACAAUGUUUCCACUGGUAGUACCACCCAAAGUUCGCAAAUAUACGCCCUGGACUACACUACCCUCAGCUGGGUCACAGAUGUUGUCAUAACCUCUUCCAACAUUAAAACCAGUGAAUUACUUAUUAUUUCCGUCUGCGUUACCGGUGCUCUGAUAGCUUUAGCGUUCUUUAUUAUAGGCUUGGUGUAUUAUAGGAAAUAUAAGUUGGGCGAAGUGACGGCUAUUAAAAGUAACGAGGGUGAAAAGGAGAUUAAAAUAAGUGAAGAUUAUAAAGAGGGGGAAGAUGAUUACGAUGAGAAUCGAUAUUCGAUACACAUCGCCAGCAUUCAAGUUAGCGGGGAAUGCUUAGAAAAACACUUUGUUCGCUCCUCUCAUUCCUCAGUAAACUCUGGUCCCACCACCUUGUACUCUCCUUGCUCGGUAAAUUCUGGAUAUAGCUCAUCACACACGCCGCUUCAGUCUCCCGUUUUAAGUGUGCGAAGUUCACCGGCGUUUACGCUGAAUGUACCCAGUUCGCCCAGCUAUCCGCCGAGAAACGCUUUAAGUGCGCCCAAUUCGCCUAGACACGCUCCCAGUCCUCCAGGAUACGCGUCGAGUGUACCAAAUUCGCCGAGACGCGCGCCCAGUCCGCCAGAAUACGCUAUGAGUGUGCCAAAUUCGCCGAUGUACGCGCCUAGCAACUUAAGUGUACCCAAUUCGCCGGCGCGUGCGUUGAGUGCGCCUAAUUCACCCAGGCACUCGAAAUAUUAA